AUGGUGUCUAAAAGAAUUUUGCUUUCCACACCAGGACUGACACCACCGGUGUUUAUCGCCGGGUCUUUCACGUCAUGGCAACCUAUAGAGUUAGACUUCGAAGAGUCACGCGACAACAUCGAAGUUCAACACAGAUUCUACAAAGUGCUCGACAUUGCGCCAGGAGUACAUCAGUACAAAUUCCGGUUAGGCCCUGGCGAUUGGUGGAUAUGCGAUGAUGGUGCUGAGCAGUCCACUGAUAAACUAGGAAACACGAACAAUGUGAUCACGGUACAAGAGCCUGUUGAGGCUCCUCUUGAGCCAAGAAGAGAAGCAAGCAAGCAGAAUCUCAAAGAACGUUCCAGCAAGUCAAGCCUCAGGCCGUCCUCGGAAAGUGUUAGCAUGCCUGAACCAACGAGCCGCUCAGAGAACGAAGCGGUCGAGACAACCCCCCUUCUAGGCAAGCAGCCUGCGUCAAACGGUAGUUUGGUUGUAGGCGGCCUAGUGAGCAACCAUGACGAGCCACAAUUCAAAGCAGAACCUUCCAACAGCGUGUCCAAUGAACACAUGCCACACAAUCAGGAUAUCUCUCAAGAUGGGAAUGUUAGCCUAGAACCCGGGAAAACGACUAGAUGGAGUUUGUGGAACACUCUCCUGUCCUGCUUUUCAUCGAAAACGGCCGUGGCUGUUACUGCACUCGUAGAAGCCCAAGACUUCUCCAGAAAGACGGCAGACACUUCUCCACUAUCCGCGACAUCGUCGAACCUGCCUUGUUUGAAUCGUUUCGACCUUGAGCAAACCAUCCGCGCAUCCUCACCAUACCUGAGAAUGAAUAGCACGCCUACUGCUCCAGCUACAACGCCUGCUAGGAGAACCAGAACUGGUUGCAAGACUUGUCGUUCAAGGAAACUCAAAUGCGACGAGACCAAACCAGUCUGCGGACAAUGUCGAAAGUCGAAUAGGGAAUGCGUCGCCAGCGAAGGCAUCGCCUUUCGCCACGCACAAAAUGCCGGACUGAAUGAGGGAGGAGACCAGCUAUCGAGUUUCUAUAAGUACCGACAGAAGUUCAACAACACAUAUUUCCUACCGGUCCCACGAGAAUUAUGUUUCGUCCAAGUGACUGACCCCUACGCCAGUACGGAAGAGCCGCAACUACAACCGCAAUUACAACCACAGCAGCCAGUUCUACAUCAGUACCACAAUCAGUAUGAGAUGCCACAACAGCACAACCCAGGAUACGUCGACGUCGCUGCGUCGAGCUUGAAAGCCAUGAUUGACCCGAGCCUAGAGGACGGCACCAGCACUGAGCUUCCCAAACUUGAGGGAGAUAAUCUAUCCCACGAAUCUCCUAUUCCUGUGAUCGACGCGGCGGAAGACAACAUCAACGAGACGAUCAUGAAGGCUCUGAGAAACACCGACGAACAUGUGAAGGCGUUGUAG